AUGUCGGCUCCACUUUCCCUGGAUUCAUCCAUCCUCAUUGUCGGAGCAGGCACUUGGGGAAUUUCUACGGCUCUACAUCUCAAAAGACGAGGAUACAAGAACGUAACACUGCUUGAUCCAUUCCCGGUACCGUCUCCCAUUUCCGCCGGCAACGAUGUCAAUAAAAUCCUCGAGUUGGGCACUUUUGCCGCCGGUGCUGAUACAGAUGAGCGAUAUGUCGCAAACACGUUGAUCAACGAGGCAACUAAGGGAUGGCUAGAAGACCCUGUAUUCAAGCCAUACUUCCACGAGACCGGAUGCAUCAUCGCAGCAACUUCUGAAGCCGGAAGAGCCCACAUGAAUGCCGCUAGUGGACCUAGCGAGGAUGCAGGCUGGUUGCCUCUCAAGACGAAAGAAGACUUUCAAGCGACUAUGCCCAAGGGUGUCCUCACAGGAGACUUUCCCGGAUGGGAGGGCUGGUGGAUGAAGAAAGGCUCUGGAUGGAUACAUGCAAGAAAGUCCAUGGAGAGUGCGGCAAGAGAAGCAGAACGAUUGGGUGCAGUCUUUGUCACUGGCGAAGAGAAAGGCAAAGUCGAAAGCCUCAUCUACGAAGCCGGCGACGUGAAGGGAGCAAAGACAUUCGAUGCAGUCGAACACAGAGCAGAUCGUACCAUUCUCUGUGCAGGGGCAAACGCUGGCAUUAUCUUCGAUAUGAAAGAUCAGCUUCGCCCCACUGCCUGGACGUUAGCUCAUAUCAAGAUGACGAGGGAAGAGUUGCAGUUGUUCAAGAACCUACCAGUACUCUUCAACAUCGAGCGAGGCUUCUUCAUGGAGCCUGACGAGGACAAAGGCGAGCUCAAGAUGUGCGACGAGCAUCCUGGCUACUGCAAUUGGACUGUUGAUCCUCAGAACUCUCAACGGUCAAGCGUACCCUUUGCAAAGCAUCAGAUUCCAAAAGAGGCAGAAGAAAGAGCCCGAGGCUUUCUCCGAGAGAUCAUGCCACAUCUCGCCGAGAGACCUUUCAGCUUUGCCCGCAUCUGUUGGUGUGCUGAUACGCCGAAUCGUGCAUUCUUGAUCUCAAAGCAUCCUGACUACCCUAGUCUUGUGCUUGGGUGUGGUGCCUCGGGCCAUGGUUUCUGCCAUAUUCCAGUCAUUGGCGGAUUCAUCACAGAUGCCAUGGAGGAUAAGCUAGAUCCCCGUAUCAAGCAUAGCUUCCGUUGGCGACCAGAGACAGCAGUCAAUCGCAAGUGGGAUGACCUGCAAGAUAGGUUCGGACCAGAGGAAUCAAACAGAAUGAUGAAUUUUGGCGAUAUAAAAGAGUGGACAACCAUUCAACCCGAGAUUGCUGAAGCCAAGCUCUAA